GGGGCGGUGCUGGGGAACUACAGGUUCGGACAGCGGCAUGGCUACCUUGCGUGUCCUGCUGCCCCGCGUCCGCAGUACCCUGCGGCCCUGGGCCGGCUACCCGGCGCUGCGUUCCUUCGCCUCGGGUGCCAACUUUGAGUAUAUCAUCACAGAGAAGAAGGGGCAGAGUAGCAACGUGGGGCUGAUCCGGCUGAACCGCCCCAAGGCACUCAAUGCACUAUGCAACAGCCUCAUGAUGGAGCUGAACCAGGCACUGGAAGCCUUCGAGGGAGACCCGGCCGUGGGGGCCAUUGUCCUCACUGGUGGGGAGAAAGCCUUUGCAGCGGGAGCUGACAUCAAGGAGAUGCAGAACCACAAGUUCCAGGACUGCUACUCCAGAGGGUUCUUGAGCCACUGGGACCGAGUGACCCACGUGAAGAAGCCAGUGAUUGCUGCCGUCAAUGGUUACGCACUGGGUGGGGGCUGUGAGCUGGCCAUGAUGUGCGACAUCAUCUAUGCAGGCGAGAAGGCACAGUUUGGGCAGCCCGAGAUCCUCAUAGGAACCAUCCCAGGCGCUGGGGGCACACAGAGGCUCACGCGGGCUGUUGGGAAGUCACUGGCGAUGGAGAUGGUCCUCACCGGAGACCGGAUCUCAGCCCAGGAGGCCAAGCAGGCAGGUCUCAUAAGCAAGGUCUUUCCUGUUGAGACUGUGGUUGAAGAAGCCAUCAAGUGUGCAGAAAAAAUUGCCAACAAUUCUAAAAUUGUGGUAGCAAUGGCCAAAGAAUCUGUGAAUGCAGCUUUUGAAAUGACAUUAACAGAAGGAAAUAAGUUGGAGAAGAAACUCUUUUAUUCAACUUUUGCCACCGAUGACCGGAAAGAAGGGAUGACUGCAUUCAUGGAGAAGAGAAAGGCCAACUUCAAGGACCAGUAGGAGCUAGCUGACUCGCCUUAAAAUCUUUAUCUGAGUAGGAAAAAUAUGUCUGUCAGUUUGAGAAGCAAAUAAAUCCUAUUCUUUUAAAGGACACAAUAAGUG